UUCCCAAAGCCACUGUGAUGGCAGCGGCAGUACAAAACCCCGGUCGGUCUUUUCCCUCUCCGAUCCCACCAUUUCUCAACCUCCAUUCCUUUUUCUUCCCUCCCUCCAAAUCUCAGUCUCCUCCCCUCUGCUGACCACCCCGAGCCGAUCAAAACGGUACCUUCGCCCCCUCUCCCGCUCGGGCUUUCUCGCUGUUCUUGAACCUAAAGCCGUGGCUUCGGAGAUCGGGAUUCGUGCCCGUAGAGUGUUCGAUCGUUUUCUUUGGUGCUGUUAUCUGGAGUAGUCUGGGUUCUUAGGUUUCUGCUCUAAAUUUGAAAUCUUGAUCUGAAUUAAGCGACUUUUCAUGGUUUUCCUGCUCGUCGAGGAAAAGCUGUCCUUUUGUAGCGGGCUGGAGGGUUCCUGAUCCCUGUAUGUCGGUUGGUCGUGAGGUCGAGCGUCGGGUCUCAUGGCGUCCGUGCCGGUGAAUGUGGAAAGUAAAGGGAGCAUGUGGGAUUUGGAUCACAAUCUUGACCAGCCGAUGGAUGAAGAAGCUGGCAGGCUUAGGAACAUGUACCAAGAAAAGAAGUUCUCAGCCAUUUUGGUUUUACGGCUCGCAUUUCAAAGCCUUGGUGUGGUAUUUGGAGAUUUAGGGACAUCACCAUUGUAUGUAUUCCACAAUACAUUUCCUUCUAGGGUUGAAGACUCGGAGGAUGUUGUUGGUGCACUUUCUUUAAUUAUAUACUCACUCACGCUCGUCCCACUCCUUAAAUAUGUUUUUGUUGUGUUGAGAGCAAAUGACAAUGGUCAAGGUGGUACUUUUGCUCUUUAUUCACUACUCUGUCGCCAUGCGAAAAUAAUUACCCUUCCUAAUCAACACAGAACCGAUGAACAGCUAACAACAUACAGUCGUCACACUUAUGAUGAAGGUUCACUUGCUGCAAAGGUCAAGAAAUGGUUGGAAGCACAUGCAUAUAAAAAGAAUGCUAUUCUAUUUCUUGUUCUCAUUGGUACAUGUAUGGCAAUUGGAGAUGGAAUUCUUACUCCUGCUAUAUCAGUUCUUUCAGCAUCAGGUGGUAUAAAAGUUGAGGAUCCAAAAAUUACCAAUGAUGUGUCUACAAUUGUUGCGGUUGUCAUAUUGGUUGGAUUGUUUAGCAUUCAACACUAUGGUACGAACAAAGUUGGAUGGCUUUUUGCUCCUGUUGUGGUCCUCUGGUUUCUAUUAAUUGGUGCAAUUGGUGCCCUGAACAUAUGGAAGUAUGAUAACUCGGUCCUGAAGGCUUAUAAUCCAGUUUUCAUUUUUCGGUAUUUUAGACGAGGAAAGCGUAAUAGUUGGAUCUCUCUUGGAGGAAUUAUGCUUAGUAUAACUGGGACAGAAGCACUAUUUGCUGAUCUUUCUUAUUUCCCUGUUCUCUCGAUUCAGAUUGCUUUCACUCUUGUUGUGUUUCCUUGUCUUCUUUUGGCAUAUACUGGACAAGCUGCUUAUAUUGUUAGUAACAAUGGUCAAGCUUUUGAUGCUUUUUAUCGAUCCAUUCCAGAUGGUAUUUACUGGCCGACGUUUAUCAUUGCAACAGCAGCAGCAGUGAUUGCUAGUCAAGCAACCAUAUCUGCGACAUUUUCAAUUAUUAAGCAAGCACUUGCACUUGGUUGUUUCCCCAGGGUCAAAGUUGUGCACACAUCAAAAAAUUUCCUUGGGCAGAUAUACAUUCCAGACAUUAAUUGGGUGCUUAUGGUUCUCUGCAUAGCUGUUACAGCUGGAUUCAAAAAUCAAAGUCAAAUUGGAAAUGCAUAUGGAACUGCAGUUGUGACAGUGAUGCUGGUGACAACAUUCCUCAUGAUCCCAAUAAUGCUGUUGGUUUGGAGAAGCCACUGGAUCCUAGUCUUUAUCUUCACAGGCCUAUCUUUGUUGGUGGAGCUCCCAUACUUCUCAGCUAUGCUAUUCAAGAUAGGCCAAGGUGGUUGGGUCCCUCUUGUUAUCGCUGCAGCAUUCCUCGCCAUCAUGUACAUAUGGCACUAUGGCACCGUCAAGCGGUUUGAGUUUGAGUCGCACAGCAGGGUGCCCAUGGCCUGGAUCCUGGGCCUAGGUCCCAGCUUGGGUUUAGUCCGAGUUCCUGGAAUCGGCUUCGUGUACACCGAGCUGACAAACGGUGUCCCACACAUCUUUUCUCACUUCAUAACUAAUUUACCUGCUAUCCACUCUGUCGUCGUCUUUGUUUGUGUCAGGUACCUUCCUGUACACACCGUGCCAAUGGAGGAACGGGUCCUUGUGAAAAGGAUAGGACCGAAGAAUUUUCAUAUGUUUCGCUGUGUCGCAAGAUAUGGAUACAAGGAUCAUCAUAUGAAGGAUGAUGACUUUGAGAAGCUGCUCUUCGACAGUCUCUGUCUCUUUGUUCGACUCGAGAGUAUGAUGGAAGGAUACUCGGAUUCAGAUGAAUACAGCACAUGCGAGCAGCAGACCAGGAAAUCCAUGAAGAAGUCCAUCGAUUUGUUGGUUACGGAGGGCGGCAGUGGCAACACACUUUUCUCCACUUUGGAGUCUGGUGCAUCUUCGUCACUCGACUCGAUCAUCCCCUCCCAAUCUACGCAAUGUGGGAGCAGUCUGAUGAUGAGGUGUUCGGGGCAGACGAGCCAGAGACCAGGGGAGGAGCUGGAGUUCUUGAACCGGUGCAAGGAAGCCGGGGUGGUGCACAUCCUUGGAAACACCAUCGUGAGGGCUCGGAGGGAUUCCGGGAUCGUCAAGAGGGUCGCUGUGAAUUACAUAUAUGCUUUCCUCAGGAGGAUUUGCAGGGAGAACAGUGUGAUGUUUAAUGUCCCUCAUGAGAGCCUGUUGAAUGUGGGUCAGGUAUUCUAUGUAUAGUUGAUCUUGUGAGGUUUUUGACUUGAAAUCUUGGCCAUGGUUGACUUUUCUCUUCUCCUGUCUUCCUCAAGGUCUUGGCUGUUGAUGUCAGCCAAUCCUGAUGAGUUGUAAUGUAUAUACGACUAAUCGUAGUCUGCGGGAGAUGUGGGAUUCGCUGUAUCUCAUGCAUUAAUACCAUAUUUGUCAGUCUGAAA